AUGGAAACAUCGAAGAAAACAAGUAUGAUCAAGCGUCGAUGGAAUCUUGAAGAGGAUGAACUAUUGCAGAAUCUAGUGAAGGAACAUGGAGCAGAGAACUGGUCUCUUAUUGGCCAAUUGAUUUCAGGUCGAUCUGGAAAAUCGUGUAGGUUCCGGUGGUGUAAUCAGCUUAAUCCUCAGGUGGAGCAUCAACCUUUUACUCUUGAAGAAGAUAAUACUAUUAUCAGUGCUCAAGCCAAAUUAGGUAACCGAUGGGCUAAGAUAGCUCGUUUGUUACCAGGUCGAACAGAUAAUGCGAUAAAAAAUCGUUGGAAUUCCACCCUUAAACGGAAGCGCGCUUCGAUGUCAGAAGAUUUGACAUUGGAAAAUCCUCAACAUCCGUUGAAGAAAUCUUUGAGUAUCGGGGCGGGUAAAAAUCCAGGUAUUCCAUAUAGAUCUGAUCAGAGCAAUUUAGGUUUUGAUAGGUUCCCUCAGUUGUGUCUGUAUCCGCACGUUGCCCUAUUGGGUCGAAUUUCACCUCUUUCAGCAUUUUCACCUGUAAUACCCGAUCCAUUGGUAUUUCUGAGUCUACCAAGUUUUGAUUUAAGCAAUUUGGGUUUAUCUUGGUGCCCUCAGUUGAGUCUUUAUCCUCCUACUACACUAGGUAAAAUUUUGCCUCUUUUAUCAGUUUCACCAAUAAUGCCUGAACCAUCAACAUCUCUGAGUCUAUGUGUAUCUGAUAUGAACAAUUUAGGUUUAUCUAGGUUACCUCAGUUGAUUCUUUAUCCGCCCAGUGCCCCACUAGGUGAAAUUUUGACUCUUUCAUCAUCUGCACCAGUAAUCCCUGCUCCAUCAACAGAUCUGAGUCUCUUUUUACCUGGAUUGAGGUCUACCAAGUACUUGAAUCCGGUGAAUCAAAUCGAGCAAAUAGGUCAACCAACACCUAUAUCGGCAUCUAAGCCGACUUCAUCGAAUUUUAUGCCCCAAAUUUCAAUAACUCAGAGUGGAAAUGUUGGUCGCAAAUAUGGAGAAACUACUGUUGAGCCCAAAUAUUUUGAUAGAUUUGCAACACAUGAUACAAAAAGAAGUUAA